AAAAUCAGUUUUGAUUUAGACACCAGGGAAUCCACAACAUGCAGCUGCCUACUGGGAAAAGCUGCCUCCUCUGGCAGCUGCUGCUGCUGCUAGUGCUGGGCGUGUGCCAUGCCCAGUUUGAUGAGGUGCAUGAGGAUAGCGAGAGGGCUGCUUGGCUGGCUGGCGUCUUUACGCCUCAGCCCUUAAAGGCCGCUCCAUGGCAGGCGCCUGCUGUUAACACGCCCCCGCCCCCGCCAUCGCCCAGCGGCGGUCUGCUUGUGCCAGGCGUUGGUGAGCUGUUCGGCCUGCGCGGCUACAAAGUGAUUAAGAACCGGCCCAUAGAUGCGUAUCUGGGCGUGCGUUACGCUCAAAUUAACGGUGGUCUGGGACGUUUCCAGCCGGCCAGAGCGGUGCCUUUCCAGGCGCGCAUCAAUGCAACCCAAUCAAGUGCCAAUUGUGCCCAGUUUCCGGAGGUGCAGCGCUUGCAGGUGGCGGAAGCGCGCGGCGAGAACGUCGACGAUUGCCUCACCCUGAACAUUUACGCGCCGGCCGGAGCUCGUAACCUGCCCGUCCUGGUCUUUGUACACGGCGAGAUGCUGUUCGACGGUGGCGCCGAGGAGGGACAGCCCGACUAUGUGCUGGAACACGAUGUGGUUCUUGUCUCCAUAAACUAUCGACUGGCGCCUUUCGGUUUUCUUAGUGCCCUCAGCGAUGAACUGCCCGGAAAUGUGGCCUUGUCGGACCUGCAGCAGGCACUCGAAUGGGUGCAACGCAACGUCCGAUAUUUUGGAGGUACCCCCAGCCAGGUUACGCUGGUCGGACAAGCAGGCGGCGCCACUCUGGCCCAUGCACUCAGCCUGAGCCCACAGGCGCAGCAUCUAUUCCAGCAGCUCAUCCUGCAGUCGGGCACAGCCUUGAAUCCCUACUUGAUCGAUGAAAGGCCCCUUGAGACCCUGGCCACCUUUGCCCAGCUGGCCCGCUGCCCCAGCGCCGGCCGCAAUCUAGGCCCGCUCUACGAAUGCCUCCGACGUUUGCGCACCUCCCAGCUGGUGAGUAUCUUCGAGCAGCUGCUCCAACAGAAUGAGCCGCGCGGUCUCAGCGCCCUGGGCGGCUUCAAGCUGGUGGUGGGCGAUCGCCUAGGCUAUCUGCCGGAUCAUCCGGCGGCUCUGAUCGCCAGCAACAGUGUCAACAAUCAGACAAAACCCUUAAUUGUUGGUGCCACCAAGGACGCAAGCGCCUUUAUUUUGUCACGAUUCUACGAUCAGAUACAAGGCUUGCAGUCGCAUAACAUCAGCGAUUACAUCAAUGUAGUGCUGCGGCAUACAGCACAUCCCCAGGACCAUAAAAUAUGGCAUGAUUGGGCACUCCGGGAGAUUUUUACGCCGGAACAGGUGCGCUUUGUCAAUGCUCGCAGCGUCACCCAGGGAUUGCUAGAACUAAGCAAUCUCAUAUUGUAUCGAGCGCCAGUUAUUUAUUCGAUUCGCUUGUCACACAAGAAAAGCCCUGCAUAUUUGUACACCUUUGACUAUCGCGGUGAGCAUCAUCGCUUUGGGCACCUGAACAGUCCCCUGCCCUUCGGAGUGGACGCCUCGCUCAGUGAUGACAGUGUCUAUCUGUUCCCCUAUCCGGAAGAGGCUAGAAAUUUGAACCCCGAGGAUAAGUCUCUAGCCCGUGCCCUGGUUGCAAUGUGGGUUAACUUUGCACACAGUGGCAUACCAAAUCAAAAUUCAAAUGUGUGGCCAAAGGCAACUUCGGAGUAUGGUCCUUUUCUACGUUUUACCAAUUCAAGACAAAGCAUUUUGGAGCUGGACCAGCACUUUGGCGAGGGAAUUAACGUGCCAAAUUUGUAUGCCCAAUAUUUUAAUACCACCAACAUUACUUCAGGUGCCUCCGCAACGACUACGACUACGACAACGACUACAACAAGGCGGCCGUAUUUGAACUUCCCAGGGCAAGGUUAUAGACAACCACAGCAGCCAGAGUACAGGCGGCCACCAGUUUAUAAUGAUUAUUAUGCAAGGGAUCAGGAACUGCGCAGGCAACGACUAUUGCAAGAACAGCAAGAACGAGACCUAAAGCUUCGUGAGCAACAGGAACAAGAACAACAACAGCAUGACGAACUGAUGCGUGAGGAAGAGGAACGUAAACGUGAACAACAACAACGAGAUGCAGAAUUUCAACGAGAGAAACAGCAACGAGAACAGUCUGAGCGCGAGCAACGGCAACGAGCGCAGCAACAGAGCGAGGAUGAAGCAAGACAGCUGUUGGAGCAGCGCGAACAGGAAGAACGAGAUCAGCUGGUGCGUGAGCAAGAAAAGAGGCAACUGCAAGAACGAGAGCAGCAGCAACGCGAGCAACAAGAGCGAGAGCAACAAGAGCGAGACCAACGAUUACAUGAAAUGCCAGAGCAAACAGAACAGCAACGUCAGCAGCAAGAGCGAGAGCAAGAGCAGCGAUCACAGGAGGAGCUGGAGCAAGAGUCAAGAGAGCAGCGAGAACGAGAACAGCAGCAACGAGAACAGCUAGAACGAGAACACCUAGACCAAGGAGAGCCAGAUCUAAACGACUAUCCCACCUACAAUGAUUAUGUGAAAGCUUACACGCAAUGGGCACAAGGUCAGACUUUUCCAAGUGCCGAGCAGGACGCGUCGGCUGAAAAUCCACUCGCAAAUGAUCCCUAUGCACAGCCAGACGAAAAUCCACAACGACUUAAGCUUAUGCGCAGACAUCAACGUCUAAGGUUUUAGAAAUUGCCACUAAUGCUUUAUAAUCUAUCGCAAUAUUGUACCUAGUGUAAUUUCUUUAAUAAAUAUUUUUCUCUUUUUCAAAUUUA